AUGAUCGUAGUGCCUGAUAUACCCGCCGAUCCAUGCAAUCCAUCGCCUUGCGGCUCAAAUGCCAUUUGCCGAAAUCGCAAUGGUGCUGGUUCAUGUACUUGCAUACAAGAUUACUUUGGUGAUCCGUAUAUAAACUGUCGCCCCGAAUGUGUACAGAAUAGUGAUUGUGUGCGCACAAAAUCCUGCGUGAAUAUGAAAUGCGUCGAUCCAUGUAUAGGCCUUUGUGGCAUUAAUGCCGAGUGUCGCGUUACGAAUCAUAUACCUGUGUGUCAAUGCAUCUCCGGCUAUACGGGCAAUCCAAUGCGUAGCUGCCACGAAAAACCGUCAAGUAUGUUUUCGGCAAAACGUUUGCUAAAUACAAUCACGUCUAAUAAAAAUAUCCAAUCUUAUCUUUCUCACACAAUACUUAACUAUGUAGAUAUGUACCUGCCUAUACCGCGUGAUCCUUGUCGUCCCUCCCCUUGCGGCUUGUAUAGCACCUGUCGUGUUGUAAGCAAUCGCGCCGUUUGCUCUUGUCUACCUAAUUAUUUGGGAAAUCCGCCCAACUGCAAGCCAGAGUGCAUGCUAAGCUCGGAAUGCCCUUCGAAUAGAGCUUGCAUCAAUAUGCGUUGUCAGGAUCCAUGUCCGGGUACUUGUGGACAGAAUGCACGUUGCCGCGUUACCAACCACUCGCCGAUUUGUAGCUGUACGCAUGGUUACACUGGUGAUCCGUUUCAACAAUGUGUGCCCGAAAGAAAACCACUUGAUCAACCACGCAUACCAGCGCAGAAUCCUUGUGUACCCAGCCCUUGUGGCCCGAAUUCGCAAUGUCGCUCAGCUAGUUCAGGCGCAGUGUGCUCGUGUAUUUCGAACUAUAUUGGCCGACCGCCGAAUUGCCGACCGGAAUGCACCAUCAACUCGGAGUGUCCAGCGCGCAUGGCUUGUAUGAAUGCACGUUGCGCCGAUCCUUGUGUGGGAUCGUGUGGCAACAAUGCGCUCUGUCAAGUUAGUGCGCAUGCACCGAUUUGUAUGUGUGAGCCGGGCUAUACUGGCGAUCCAUUCUCUGGCUGCUACAAAGUCAUUGAAAUACCUGAUGAGCCAAUACAACCUUGUCGCCCCAGUCCCUGUGGCUUGAAUGCUGUUUGCGAAGAGCGCGAUCGUGCGGCUUCAUGCAAAUGCAUACCCGAAUACUUUGGCGACCCCUAUGUUGAGUGUCGUCCGGAGUGUGUCAUCAAUUCGGAUUGUCCGAAGACACGCGCCUGCGUCAACAACAAAUGUGUCGAUCCCUGUCCGGGUAUGUGUGGGCGUAAUGCCGAAUGCGCGGUCUUUAACCAUGCGCCGAACUGUGAGUGCUUUAACGGUUAUACUGGAAAUCCAAUCAUCGGUUGCUCGCCCAUACCUGAGCCACCGCCGCAAUAUGAACCGCCGAUACCUAUCAACCCUUGUCAGCCAUCGCCGUGUGGGCUCUAUAGCAAUUGUCGACCUGUCAAUGGCCAUGCAGUGUGCUCAUGCUUACCGAACUAUUUGGGCGCACCACCCAACUGUCGUCCGGAAUGCAUGAGCAGCUCUGACUGUGCGCAAGACAAGUCCUGCAUCAAUGAACGCUGUAAAGAUCCCUGUCCGGGCACUUGCGGCAACAAUGCCCUCUGUCGCGUCGUCAAUCACAAUCCAAUUUGCUCAUGUACACCUGGUUACACUGGUGAUCCAUUUGUGCGCUGCAUCUAUGAAGAGAAACGUCCUAUCAUAAGAGAUCCCAUAAAUCCAUGUAUACCAUCGCCAUGCGGCCCGAAUUCACAGUGUCGCGUUUCGGAUACAAACGGUCAAGCUGUGUGCUCGUGUCUGCCCAACUACAUCGGCAGAGCACCGAAUUGCCGACCCGAAUGCACAUCGAAUUCGGAAUGCCGUGGCAAUAUGGCUUGCAUCAAUCAACGCUGUCAAGACCCCUGCCAGGGCUCAUGUGGUUCAUACACGACAUGUAUUGUAAAUAAUCAUAGGCCAAUAUGCCGCUGCUUGGAAGGUUACACGGGUGAUCCUUUCUCAGAAUGUAGUCCGCAAAGUAAGAUUUCCGUUAUAGCAAUGCUUAAGCUUAUGAUUUAUAGAAAACGCAUUACAUGCACCACCUGA